GUGGGUUUGAAACCCAAACAUCUACUGUACACCGGAUUUCCCCUUUCAGAGUUAUGUGGGAAAUGACCUGAGCAACAAUAUAAAAUCCACAGCCACCACACUUCUGUCACAUUGCAAUCUCAAUUUCUGGUUUAUAUAAAAUUACUUGACUGGGUUAAACAUGCCUUUGUCAAGACUAUUUAACUGCUGCUGUAAAGCGCAAGGAUUGGGGGAAGUGAAGAAAAGAGAGAGUAUUUCUGGAACAGAAAUGCCUGAGACAUUGGGGUGUAAGAAGGCUACUAGUGCAGAGGUGGAAGCAGGAGGUGCCAGUACAGAGUCUACUUCUCAGAAGCUUAAGGAAAUGUACCAGGAGGUCUGCAGCAUCAUGAAUAAGGCACUGCUUGGGGAAUCUUCCUCUGUGGAGGAGAUGCGCAAUGCCAGUCAGGCCAUCUUCAUGGGACAGAAUCUCCAAGGAGUCUGUCAACAGGAAGAAUGGAGCCCAAAAAACUGGUUCAAUAAGUUCACUCAACUGGUGGAGCAGGCUGUAACCAAGAAGAUCCCUCAGCCCCCCCUGGACAGGCUUGGGUCUGGACACCCAGAGAAGGUGCUGAAGGAAUACCUGCAGCUGGUCCAGGCUACAGUCCUGGAGGAGCUGAGGAGGUUAGCCCCAGGUCUGAGGGAGACCCCACUUCUUGACUGCGUGGUUGAGAAUUUUCACCGGCACAUUUUUGCCCAGCUGGACAAGGUCUUGCAAUGUACCAUGACUGCAGACAAAGCCUACCUGGUGCUGUAUUGGGCUGCAUGUGUGUAUCUGAGUGAAGAAUUAAUGAGCCACCCUGACAUCAAGGAUAGCUGUUUCAAGGCAGUUGACCUGCUGGUCCUUUCAGACUGGAUGCAGAGAGCAGAAAAGGUGUUCCUUGCUGCUGUACAGGGGGUUGUUUCUGAGAGACUGUGCUGUAUCCAUCAGAAUGAGAAGAUUUACUGGGACAACUGUAUCCCAGGAGAUGAGGAGAACUUCAUUAAAUUGCAUAUAGAUGUCAUUCAGGUUGUUCAUGCUUGGAUCGAGCAGGCCGGCAAGAUUAGUAAACUACUAAAGGUCAAAGUACAAGAAAUCUGUUACCUGAAGCUGUUGGACUUUUUAGAAAAAUAUGUAGAGAAAGAAAAGAAGCAACUGAAAAUGCAUGCAAAAUCAGGAGAUAUGUACCCAUUCAGGACAUUCUGCACCUCUAUGGAACUUAGGAAGUAUGCGCAAACUAUUGCAACCAAUAAAAAUGAUAAAUCCAUCAAGGCUGUCCAUUCAUUAAAGCGCAUUGAGGACCAGUCUUUGAAGCUUGUGUUGAGGAAGCCAUUGUCCAAAGCAAAGGCCACAUUAAAAGAGUAUUUUAAGAAAGAAGCGAGACACAAGAUGGGUGUGAUUGAAGAGAUCAGAGAGUAUUUCAUUACCCUCCCCAAAACAAAUCAAGACGCAUACAAGAAAGCUGUCGACACAGCUUAUGAUCGCCUCACUUGUCUGUACCUGAAACACCUAUUGCAGAGCAACAGGAGUAAGCUAGAGAGGACAUGGAGUGAUGUAGGGAGUGAAGUAACAGGGAAUGCAGAGUAUAUGCACAGGAUGUUCUCUCACUUGAACCCUGAAGUGAUACCAAGGAACCAGGCUCUACUGAAUGUAGGAAAGCUCUUGAAGUGCAAUGAUCUAAAUGCACAGACAGUCAUCAAAAUGAAGACAGAAUGUCCUGACAUGAGUCAAGAGCAGGUUCGCAGUCUGCUACAGUGGAAAGGUUUAUCACGGAGUCAAGUGAAUGAGGUGCUGGAGGCAGGCCGAGAAUGCUGGAUAUGGACACAAUCCCCCACUCAAUGCUCUGAAUACAUAUCAACUGUGAAUUUGGAUUCAGACUGGGCCAAGUCUGAUUUUAACUUUUAAUAAUUUUUUUCAACAAUGUGUGUUGGAGAGUAUAGAAUUGAUAUGGUGACCAACACCUCAGGAACAGACUCAGGAUGGGACCAUGUUGAAUUUCUUACAAAAUCGUAUUAAUUGUUAAUUGUUGUUUUAAUUAUUGUAGAGGAAUUUAAGAUGAUUUCAGGAAUGAUGAUGAGUGAAAGUGAACCUAUAGUGAUGUAUGUGGCAUUUGCAAAUAUGUACAAGUAAAUAAUAUAUAUAGCAUAACAUUCUUUGGUGAGAAUUUACAGUAUACUUUCAAUUUUUUGCAUUGUGUAGUCUGCAGGGCAGCCAAAUCCCAGCCCACAAAAAGAAAUUGACCCCCUGGGCACUGGGAUUAGAUCCUUUUUAAAAAACACCCCUGAAAUAGGCUGUUUAUUUCUCUUAAAUGGAGGGAAUGUUUCAGGUGUAUUUUUGCUCAAUGGCCAAUAUAAAGUAAAAUCAUUGUGUAUGUACACUCAGUGAGCACUUUAUUAGUGUACACCAGCUUGUUAAUGCAAAUGUUUAAUCAACCAAUUAUGUGGCAGCAACUAAAUGCAUAAAAGCAUGCAGACAUGGUCAAGAGGUUCAGAUGUUUUUCAGACCGAACGGGGGAGAAAUGUGAUCUAUGUAACUUUGACCAUGGAAUAAUUGUUGGUGCCAGACUGAGUGGUUUGAGUAACUCAGAAACUCCUCAUCUCCUGGGAUUUUCACACACAACAGACUCUAGAGUUUCCAGAGAAUGGUGCAAAAAACAAAAUUCUGUGAGUAUAAAUACAUUGUUAAAAAGAAAGGUCAGAGGAGAAGCGCCAGACUGGUCAAAGCUGGCGGGAAGGUGACAGAAAUGCAAAUAACCAUGUUUUACAACAGUGGUAUGCACCACUGCAUCUCUGAACACACAAUACGUCAAACCCCUAAGUGGAAAGACUACAGCAGCAGAAGGGUCAAAAAUAAGUGCAGUAAAUACCUAAUAAAGUGCUCGCUGAGUGUAUGUACUGUAUGGACAGUAUAGUAAGACAUUUAUGUGCAUAUUUCUUAUUUUAAUCUUGUAAAUGAAUGUAAAUAAACCAUGGUAACUCA